UACUCUCCAUCCACUCCACCAUCAUCAAUUGCCUUGCAUCGCAUUCAGAUCCGUCGAGUCGAUCAUCCAGUCGCUAUCUCCAUUACAGCCUCUACUCUACCAUCUAAUACCACCACCCACCCGUAACUCAUAAUCACCAUGCGUUUCUCCACCAUCUCCCUCGCUUUCUUGGCCGGUGCCGUCGCCGCUGCUCCUCAGGGCGACGUCCUCCCAAUCAGCCAGAUUUCCGACGGUCAGAUCCAGGCUCCUCCUGCCACUCCCCCUGCCGUCUCUGCGCCCUCUGCCCUUCCCUCGGCCGUUCCUUCGGUUGUCCCCUCUGCCGUCUCCUCGGCCUCUGGCGUCACCGAGGUCCCCCCUCUUUCUCAGGUCUCUGUCGGCACUGGCGCCGUCCCUCUCCCAUCUGCCACUGCCACCGCCACCCCCGUCGCUCCUGGCACCCCUGGCACCACCCCCAUUGUCAUUCCUCCUGGUGGCUCCAACUCCACUGUCCCCGCUCCCUCUGGCAGCGCUGCUCAGUCAAGCGGUCCCAGUGCUAGCGCCAGCGAGUCUUCUCCUGCUGGCUCCACCGCCGGCGCCUCCAGCAGCCCUACCUCCUCCAGCACCAGCGUUCCUCAGGCUGGCGGUGCCGCCGCCGGCAACAUGGUCUCCUUCGGUGGCCUUGUCCUCGCCAUCGGUGCCGCCGUCUUCGCUUAAACGCAUCAUGAGACGACCAUCACACUGCCUCCACAAACACCGACACAGCUGCAACCAGUCUGACAACAGUCGUGGCCGUAAGACAUGAAGUUUUUGCGAUCACAACCACUACUUUGUCAUACGCUGUCGUAGCCUUGCUUGUGGAGGGUCUGCGCGACCUUUUUGCUUUCAUCGUACAUCAGCAAUUGUUUUGUUUAGAGGCCAAUCACGGAGUAACAAGUCUUUUUUUUGGAGAGCAUUAUUGCCAUGAUUGGGUUUAAUUAUUGAGACGACAAGGGCCUCCACUUGGGGGAGGUUCAGGAUUGGCAUUACGAAUCCGACUUAAUGCGAUAUGUCCCAAAGGGAUACCGAACACAUUUGUUCAGUUCAUGUUUAUAGCUGGUUAAUCACCAAUGCAACAUGUCAAGGGCAUCCGAAAGGUUGUACCUGAUCUAC